AUGCACCAAAAUAUUAGAGGACUUGCUACAAAGACGAACAGACUACACCAUAUUCUCAAUGACACAAAACCAAGCAUUCUAGUCUUGACUGAACACGGACUGAAAAAAACAGAGCUAGAAGCUACAAAAAUUCCCGGCUACUCUUUAAUUACCCACUUUAGUAGAGAAGAACAUAAACUUGGAGGUGUUGCAAUAUAUUCCAAGGAAUCCCUUGCUGAUACAGUAUCAGCUAUUAACAUAUCAAACACAUGCCAGGAGUUAAUUUUCGAAGCAGCAAUGAUUCGCAUGCAGACAACAAAGAAAAAGGAUAUCUACAUUCUGGGAAUCUAUAGACCACCAAUCGAAAAUGCAAGAAUUGCCCUUGACCUCCUAUCAGACACGCUAGAACUACAAGAAGUACACAAGAAAAACCUAAUACUUAUCGGUGACAUAAAUAUCGACAGGCUCACCCAAGAUUCCAAAAACACCAUGCUGGAAGAAGAGUUAACCACACAAAACAUCUGGAGAUUUCCUCUAGAGGCCGCCAGAAUAACCCAUGACACAGCCACUUCAAUAGACUGUAUAUGCUCAAACAUACCAUGUGCGUAUAUUACUGGACAAGUUGUGCAUACUGGUCUAUCUGACCACACUGCGCAGCUGUGCCUGCUGAAAACACACCAAGAAGACACUUCCCAAAGAUUUGUAAUGAAAAGAAGCCUAAACAACACAAACCUAAACAAUCUGAAGGCCCACCUCCAUCUACAAAAUUGGGAACAUGUUUACUCUUCACCCAAUCUUGAAACCUCCUACAACAAAUUUCAUAAUAUUCUUCAAACAGCACUGGAUUAUACAUGCCCAUUAAAGAAAACUAAAAUUAUUAAAAACAAAAAACAUAUGAAGUACUACGAUCCUGAAGCAAAAUACCUUAAAGAGAACUUUUUGAAAGCUCUGCAAAAGUUUGAGUUAACGAACAGAAAUGAAGACAAAUUAGAAAUGAUUAAUAGAAAAAGGAUAUACGACAUGAAACUAAGAAACCUAAAAAUGUCCUCAACAGCUAGCUUCAUAGAACAAGCUGACAACAAACCAAAAGCACUAUGGCAAGUUAUAAACAAGGAAAGGAAAGGAAAAUGUGAAGAGAAAACCCUUGCAGAAUUAGAAAUAAAUGGCAAACUCACAAACAACACAAAAGAAAUGGCCGAACACUUCAACACAUUCUUCUCAAAUAUAGCAGAAAAUACCCUUGACCAAAACAGAGCAAUCGUUAUAGACCCUGAAACAGUGCUGAGUGGAGAGGAACCAGUCUGCCCAAUACACCUUACCCUAACUUCAACAUCCUAUAAAGAAGUUAAAACGAUAAUAAACUCCCUAAAAGCCAAAACAUCAAGUGGAAUAGAUGAGUUUUCCUCUAAGAUGAUAAAGCACUGCUCUCAAGAACUCAUCUCUCCUCUGGUUUAUCUUAUAAAUAAAUCAUUUAAAGAAGGCAAAUUCCCAUCCGCCAUAAAAGUCAGUAAAAUAUACCCCAAACAUAAAAAAGGACCAACUGAAAAUGCUCAAAACUACAGGCCCAUUUCUCUCAUCUCCAGUUUCUCUAAAAUCAUAGAAAAAAUUGCUCUGGCUAGAUUAAUGGCACAUCUUAAUCAUAACAAACUCUUAACUGACAACCAACAUGGCUUUCGGAAGAAUAAAUCUACAUCCUCAGCUAUAACAGCACUAAUUGAGUACGCCCUAGACCAGAUAGAAAACGAACAAUACAUUUCCGCCAUCUUCCUUGAUUACAGUAAGGCUUUUGACUGCCUGGGCCACGACCUGAUAUGCAAGAAACUUGAAAGACUCGGUAUAAGAAACUCUGCGCUAGAAUGGUUCAAAAGCUACCUAACGGGACGUUCACAAGUCGUGGAACUGAAAAACUCAUCAAAUGAAGUCACAGAAAGUUUCAAACCUUCAAAAAGCAAGCUGACGAGAGGAGUUCCACAAGGCUCUUGCUGGCAGCGACAAAGACAGCUCUCGGAGGCUGUGGCAGCCCACGCUACUGUCUUCUUCUCUCCGCUCCCGCCAGAGCGCCGCGCCCUCAACAUAACCUCAAAGUCCCACUUGGUAUUGAACUUGGGCUGGCGGCCCACUCUCUGUCGACGACUGGAGACUGGACAGGAGAUUUAUAAAGGGUCGUAG